CUCAAAUGACGUGAUUUUUAAAGUGUCUUUACUUGAUUUCUUAGCCAAAUACAUCAAAUAAGUGUUUUAAACACUUGGUUUUUAUUUUGGAGAACUUUGGAUUUUUCGGUCGGUUUUUGCAUCGGUUGGCUAGGCCGUGGUUAAGGCAAAAACCAUGGGUUCUUGACUAACCACCCACCCAGCGAUGGGAAGAUCUUCCCAUCGAUGGGAAAGUGGUCCCUUAGCCAAACCAAUUUCCAGAACCAUGCCAAACAGCGAUGGGAAGUUCUACCCAUCGCUGUUCAAGCCUUGGUGCAAAAUUAUCACAAGGCAGAACAACCUUGCCCAGCGAUGGGAAACCUAUCCCAUCGAUGGGAACCCAGCGAUGGUCGGUGAAAAACUCGUCCCAAAAACCGAGGACGAAUUUGAUGCCGAAGACAUCAAAAAGGUGGAGAACUACGCCAAGGCUAUUAAUAUGCUAUACUGUGCCGUGAAUCCUGAUGAUUAUCGCAAGAUCUCUUGCUGCACCACUGCAAAAGAAAUGUGGGACAAGCUGGAGGUCACAUAUGAAGGUACGGACCAAGUUCGGGAAGCCAAAAUUGACUUCCUAACGCAGGAGUACGAGAUGUUCCGGAUGAAGGAAGGCGAAAAGAUCGAUGACAUGUUCGAUCGGUUCUCAAAGAUCAUCAACGACCUUCACGCUCUCAAGAAGACGUACGCCAACAAGGAUCUCGUGAGGAAAGUCCUGCGGAGUCUCACACCCGAAUGGAGAUUAAAGGCUGACGCAAUCUAUGAAUCCAUCGGAGUCUCCAAUGUCACCAUCGACGGGCUAAGAGGUAACCUCAAAACUUAUGAAUCCACUAUCCUAACCCCGUCUUUGGAUGAACAAAAGAAGAAGGGAAUAACACUGAAAGCAACUAAGGAGACCGUGGAAGUAGACUCAAGCGAUGAUGACAACGAGUUUGGACUCGUCAUCAAGAAAUUCCACAAAUUUAUGAGGAAGGAAUUUGAACACAAAGGAAGAAAGCACGACGGUCCCCCAAAGUGCUAUGGGUGUGGCGAGAUAGGCCAAAUCAAGCCGAGGUGUCCAAAAGGCAAAAGCGACAAGGACAAACCUGGCUUCAAAAAGCAACGUGCCUAUAUCUCGUGGGGUGGUGACUCCGGAGACGAGUCAACUGAUCAAGAAGAGGAGGAAGCCGCCAACCUCUGUCUCAUGGCGCACGAAGAUCAAACCAACAACGUUCAAGAGGUAUGCUUGAAGGCGUCAAGUGUACUUUGGUACCUUGAUAGCGGAUGUUCCAAGCACAUGACCGGAGAUGUAUCCAAGUUCCUACAAAUCAAACCCGCUAAAGGAGGAAACGUAGUCUUUGGAGACAAUAGCAAAGGAAAAAUAAUUGGCGUCGGCUCAGUAGGUAAGUCCGAAGACUCUUCUAUAGAUAAUGUCUUGCUUGCUAAAGGAAAGUCCAAGAGCAAAGCUUCCAAGAAGAAGGCCACCGCCGAGGCUACGUCAUCUGCGCCUCAACCCUUCUCGUACCUGGACGGAUCCUUCUUGGAGUUUGGGUCGGAAGAGGAACUCUCUCGCUUCAUCACCCACUUCGCCAAACGCCCCAUCUCUUCGCCAAGAGUGCUGCUCGAGCUGUACCCUCAACAAAAGGGGUACCACGACCUCGACAAUCAACUCAAAGAAUCGGGUCUGUGGCCGUUCGUCUCCAGAAGCCGUCAGUCCUACAAUCCCGCCUACGUCUGGGCUUUCUACUCUAAUCUCCGCCGGGACGGGGACACCAUUCGCAGUGAAUUAGCUGCUGCCCAGGAGAAACUAAAGAAGGAAGUUGAGCUUAUGAUGAGACAAAUCCAGGAGCUCACUAAUUCAGUGGAGAUUCCCACGUUUGAAGGAAGAAACGACCCGGAGAAGUUCUCAAAGUGGUUAGCAAAAGUUGAAGACGUCUUUAUACUCAAAGACGUACCCGAAGACAAGAGGGUCAAGCUAGUGGUGGCAAAGUUUCAAAGACAUGCCUCUACAUGGUGGGCUAGCGUUGCUUCAAAACGAAAGCUCCAAGGCAAGGCUAAGGUACCUAAAACUACUCUCCCUUUUUCACCUAAAACUCUUUCUCAAGUCAUACCACCUUCUCCACAACGAAAGCCACCCCAUACCACCCUCUCUCCCCCAACCUUAAUCACCUCUAAAUCCCCCCCUUCAUCCAGCACCCCUGGCGUCCAGAAUAUCUCUCACCCAACUCCUUAUCGUCUACACAAAAAUCCAACUCAAGCCACCCCGUUACCUUCCUUAGUCACUGCCCCUAUUCACCCCAGCACCGUCUCCACACCUCUGACCCAAAACCCUUCAAACCCCAUCUAUAUUUCAUCCCAAGCUGCUAUCCAAACAAAUCCCAACACCCCCUCCAUGACCCAGCCUCUAAACUCUCCUACAACCAUGCCUAUAACUCCUCCACAAACGGUCCUUACCAGUCCCACACCUACCACCCCUAUACACCCACUUGAAAAUUCAUCUAAACCCAUUCCUUUACCCUGCAAAAACACUGUCCAAAGCACUCUAAAAGCCUCCCCCAUCCUCGCAGUCCAAAGUCCUCCCAAAACCAUAACCUCCUCUCAAAAUGACAUGGUCACAAUCCCAGAAAAAUCCAGCUCCACUGUCCCAAAGAAACCCCAUUGCUUCCACUCACAAAAGAUUGGUCAUCAUGCUUUUGAGUGUCCAAGUAAAAACCCGAAGUCCUUGGUCCAAAGUGAAGAGAAAUCAGAGCUUUUGGGACGAAAGGAAGGACAAGAUGAUGUUAAAUCUCUAGGCCAAGGUAAAGGUGAAAUGGUGGUCAUUAUAAGACCAUUGAGUAGUUUGACUGAUCAAAAUAAACUUGGAAUCAAACCCCUCUUGAAAUCCUGUUCCAUUGAAUGGCUCAACCACGGAAGAGAACUACGAGUGGAAUUGCGUAGUUUUUCUUUAUUUCAUAUUGACAGGACAUGGACACCUAAUUUUGUGGAUAUGCAUUCAUUGAGAAAAGGUUCACCGGCAUGCUUAUUCCUGCCCCUGACCGCACCUAACCAAGGGAUAGAACCCCGGGUUCAUCUAAGUUUAGGUGAAAACAAACCCAGUGGUGAUUUAGAGAAGAAGGAUGUUGUUGCCACCAGAGAUGAGUUCUUAAGCUGUGGAUUUCCUAGCUUAAAUAUGCAAGUUAAUGAGAAGAAGGUUCAACAUGGAGCUAUGAGCCCAGAUGUGGAAGCCUCACCUCAAAGGCUAUCUUCACUAACAGCACCUCCUGCCAAAUUCGUUAAGUUUUUGCAGGUUCCAUGUGAAGAAGAAACUUCCGAGUUUUAUCAUAAGACUUGUAAAAAGCUUAUGAAGAGAGAGUUAAAAGGGCUGCCCACCCGUGGUGACGACAUCGCAACAUAUGGCGGUGAUGAUUGGAUCCUCAACAACGAGGCGGUGGUCAUCCGAGAGCUUGGAAUCACCAACCUCGUCCGUCAGAGCGGCGCACCAACCAUUCACUCAGCCCCGCCGGAGAAGCGUCUUCUACUCUACAUCCUCACCUGGAUUCUUCGCCCCCGGGACGGUAGCCACACGUGUCUCUUCAACGAGGAUCUCAAGGCCGUUCAUGCUAUCACCCAUGGCGCCUCGAUCAAUUGGGCAAAAUACGUCAUGAUUCACAUGGCGGAUUGCGCCUCCAUCACCACCGAGCGGAGCUUGCCAUACGCCUUCCUCGUCAUGGACCUCAUUGUUGCCUCCGACAUCCACAUCGCCAGCCCGGACACGAAGAUGACGAAGAUUUGGAUCAUUCAAGACAGCACCUUCCGGAAGAAGUCCGGUGACAGAACCGGCGCAGGACCCAGUCGCGCUCCAGCCCCCGCUCCCGCCAAGGCCUCCUUACAGUCCAUAGCCGACACCCUGAAUCGGCUAACCCUCACCGUGGAUGGCAUGGGCCAGUACCUGGAGAGGAUGGACUGGACGCUGCAACGCCAACACCACGACAUGACGGCGUUCUUCCGCGGCAUCAACUACGUCCCGCCGCCCUUUGACAGCACCUUCCUCGGCCAAAACUAUGAAGGCGAGCACGAGGAGGAUAACUCCUAUGCUCCGUCCUCCUCCCCCAAUGAGGCAGACUUUGAGGACGCGGUCGACGGGGAUCCCAUGGCCGUUGAAGACGACGAAGAAGACGAUGACGCCGAGAACGAGGAUGCCGAUGCUUAGACUCUUCCUUCUCUUCUUUCCCUACUCUCAUCACAUUUCUUUUAUCUAUUUCAAUUCCGUUGUAUUCCGCAUUUUCUCCUUUUUUAAUGAAUAAAAGUUUACUUUUAUAGUCUAAAGUUCACUUUUAAUUCUUUUUGUUAAUGUCAAAAGGGGGAAGAUAUCAAGGUUAUGCAUAAAUUGAGGGGGAAUUG